GUUUUCUUUCUUUCUCAUUAAUAUAUAUUAUUCAUCUCUCAGUCCUACUCACUCACUCACCACCACCCACCCCCCCGGCGCGCGCGCUCUCUUUCCAUUUUCAUCUCCAUCCUCUCUCAAAAUACAGAUCUUUUGCCUUAAUCCCGCCAAACAACCGCGAACGAACUUCAAGCGCGAACGGAGUCAGCGAACACUGUCUGCAAACACGACCAUGAACGGACUGCAAAGUCGACGAUUGACAUGAACUGAAGGAUGGACUGACGGACGGGAAUAGAUACUUCGACCACAAACACACCGGAGGUCUUGUGUGCUGUUUAAAGACAGCAGCUAGGGUUCCGGUCGGCGUCCGUCGGCGGCGGCUAGAUGUUGGCUUUUAGUAGUCCUAACAAAGAUCAUUUCGCCCCAAACUUCGCGGAUUGGGCUACGCAUCUUAGUUUCAGGACAUGCCAAAUUGUGGGUUUCUAUCGCCUGAAUCUUAAAAUGUUAGUGAAACGUAAGGCUUUCGUACCGAGUUAGAUCAUUGGUAAAUUUUAUCCGUGAAACUUAAUUUUCAUCUUUCAGUUGUCCCGUCCUGACUCUCACAUAAGUAGUUGACAGAUCCCAAAUGAAGUAACUGGAUUGAGGCAGCAUAAUGAUGGAUAAACGAAAGAACACUCAGUUCCUUUGCCAAAAAAUAAAGCAUUGACUGACCUGGGAACUUGUUCCAUCAGUAUCAAUACUCCUGCCAUUGACAGAGGUGAUCGUGAAGCCACACCCCUUAGAAUGGUAGGAAUAUCAGGGUCAUCUUCUGCCCUGGAUUUGAUCAAGAAAAAAUUGCACGACUCUGGAACUCCUGUAGCUUCCUCGCCUAUUUCAGCUUCAACAAUAGCUCAAUUAGAUGUGAAUCUACCAAGAGAUGUUGAUGUUGCAGUUAAGGCACUGCAGAUAGAGAACAUCAAGAAUAAACCGAAAGAUGCUAAUGGUGAUGGAAAUGUAUCCAACUCCUCCUUGGACUCUGAGAAUGUAAAAAGUGGGCCAACUAAUGAGCAGUUAAAUAUCCAGUUUGAGGAGGAUGGCGCAGAUCCUAAGUGUAGUGCAGAAGUGGAAGCUGAAGAGGAUGAGGAGGAUUUCAUAAUGGAAGAGGUAAAGAGGAGACUGAAAGAGCUAAGGAGGAACAGUUUCAUGGUGUUGAUUCCAGAGGAAGAAGAAGAAGAAGAAGAAGAAGAAGGAGAAGAAGAAGGAGAAGUAGGCGAAGGGGAUCCUGAGUGGAGAGACGUGGAAGCAGAAGGUCGACAAUGGUGGGGAGGGUUUGGUGCUGUCUAUGAUGAUUACUGCGAGAGGAUGUUUUUCUUUGAUCGGAUGAGCAUUCGGUCCGGUCCUGAAUCAACCUCCCGAAGAUCUGCAUCGAAAAAGAGUGCAUCUCCUCUUCGAUGUCUUUCUCUGAAGAGGAUUGAAGAACCCGAAGAUGAGAUGGAGGAUGUUGACCCUUCAUUGACUUUGAUUGACUCCAAUUACCACAUAGAAACAGCCUAUGUUGCGCACAUUUGCUUGUCCUGGGAGGCCCUUCACUGUCAGUACACUCAACUUAACCACUUAAUAUCAUGCCAACCCCAAAACUCUACUACUCAUUAUAAUCUUACUGCUCAGCUCUUUCAGCAAUUUCAAGUCCUCUUGCAAAGGUUUAUCGAAAAUGAACCCUUCCAACAAGGUCUCAGGCCUACAAUUUAUGCCCGAACCCGUCGAACUUUUCCUAAAAUGUUGCAUGUUCCCAACAUACAAGCUUCAGAUCCAAACGGGGUGCAGGAACAAGAAUCUGAUUCCCUCAUCCUCGCUCCUGAUCUUCUGCUCAUUAUUGAGGCUUCAAUCUUUACAUUCCACCGCUUCCUGAAGAUGGAGAAGAAAACCUCAAAUUCCGCUUCUUUAUCAUUUCAGAACCACACCCAGGAUGCCGCUCUGCUUGCUCGUGUUCGAUCUUCUCUUGACAAGAAGAAGACGAAGCUGAAAGAGGUCAGGAAGAAGAGUAGAGGGUGGAAACAGAAAACGUGUCCUCAAACGUAUGAAGACAUGCAAUUACUUUUUGGAAUCGUGGACAUUAAAAUCAUAUCGAGGCUUGUUAAGAUGUCGAGGAUUACUAAAGAACAGCUGCUUUGGUGUGAGGAGAAACUGAACAAGUUAGAUAUAUCUAAUGGAAAAUUGCGGAGAGACCUGUCUCCUCUUCUUUUUCCAUGUUAAUUACUUCUUUUUCUGCUGCUGCACUGCAUCGCAAAAUUGUUGUGAUUGUGAUUAUGUUUUAUGUAUUUGGAUUAUGGCUACACAUAAGUCUGGUAAUGGACCC